GUUUCCUAAAUACUAAGACUUGUCAUUACUAUUUAAAAAGGGAAAGUGUUUGAUUGAAGACAUAAACCAAAACAAAGGCCAUAUUUUCUUCCCUCUCAACAAUCACACAAAAAGCUUUGGCCUAACUUCCUAAUUUGAGUCUUUCUUUCCCUUCAUCUUCUUCUUUCAUGGAAUCCUCAAACUUUGUUCUCAAACAUGUAACCAUUUUACUCUUUUUCUUCAUUAGUUCUUCAAUCUCAGCAACAACCUUCCCUUCCUCAUCUUUAGACCGUAUUGUUACACACACUAAAUCCGCACACAAAAAUUUCACUGCAGUUUCAGAAUUUAGAUUGAUAAAUAGAAGAAUUUUGAAGGAUUGUUCUGUUUUAAAUCCUGUACUAAAAAUCAAUAUUAGCUCAAAUUCUCGCUUGUCCGAUGACCAGUUCGUCACGGUCACGGUCACCGGCGUUUCAAACCCUUCCGAUGGCGAUUGGGUGGCUAUGAUCUCACCUGCAAAUUCCAAUGUUGAAACUUGUAUUCUCAAUGAGUUCUAUUAUUUACAAACUGGUGAUACUGCAAAACUUCCUCUGCUUUGCCAUUACCCUGUUAAGGCACAAUACAUGAAAAACGAUCCAAAUUACCUCAACUGCAAAACCGAAGAAUGCAGUGGUUCAAUAAAGUUUCAUGUCAUCAACAUUAGAAGUGACAUAGAGUUUGUGUUCUUCUCUAAUGGGUUCUUGGACCCUUGCAUUGUUGGAAGGUCAACUCCUUUGAGUUUUGCUAAUCCUAAAAAGCCACUUUAUGGACAUCUCUCAAGUAUAGAUUCAACUGGAACAUCAAUGAAAUUGACAUGGGUUAGUGGAGACAAAGUGCCUCAACAUGUCCACUAUUUGGAUGGAAAAACAGUUACUUCAACUGUCACUACUUUUUCACAAGCUGAUAUGUGCAGUUCAGUACUGCCAAGUCCUGCAAAGGAUUUUGGAUGGCAUGACCCAGGAUUCAUCCAUUCAGCCAUUAUGACAGGACUUAAGCCAUCAAGUACCUACUCCUACAAAUAUGGAAGUAACUUGGUUGGUUGGAGUGAACAAAUCCAAUUUUCAACUCCACCUGCUGGAGGAUCAGAUGAGCUCAAAUUCAUUGCAUUUGGUGACAUGGGUAAGACCCCUCUUGAUGCUUCAGAAGAACACUACAUUCAGCCUGGAGCUCUGUCAGUUAUCAAAGCUAUAACUAAAGAAGUGAACACCAACAAUGUAAAUUCAGUGUUUCACAUUGGAGAUAUAAGCUAUGCAACUGGUUUUCUAGCAGAAUGGGAUUUCUUUCUUCACCUUAUCAAACCUGUGGCUUCAAGAGUUUCAUACAUGACAGCAAUUGGGAACCAUGAGAGGGAUUAUAUAGAUUCUGGUUCAGUUUAUGAGACUCCUGACUCUGGUGGGGAAUGUGGAGUACCUUACGAGACAUACUUUCCAAUGCCAACUGCAGCAAAGGAUAAGCCUUGGUACUCCAUUGAACAAGCAAGUGUUCAUUUCACAAUAAUUUCAACUGAGCAUAACUGGUCACCAAAUUCUGAGCAGUAUGAAUGGAUGAAAAAUGACAUGGCAUCAGUUAAUAGACAAAAUACUCCUUGGCUAAUCUUCAUGGGACAUAGACCAAUGUACACUUCCACCAAAGGAUUAUCUGUUGGUCGCAAAUUUACGGAUGAUGUGGAGCCAUUGUUGUUAGAAAAUAAGGUUGAUUUGGUUCUUUUCGGUCAUGAGCAUAAUUAUGAGAGAACUUGUUCUAUCUAUGAGAGACAAUGUAAAGCCAUGCCUACAAAAGAUCAAAAUGGAAUAGAUACAUAUGAUAACAGAAAUUACACUGCCCCUGUACAUGCUGUCAUUGGAAUGGCUGGCUUCAAGUUAGACAAAUUCCCAAACAAGAUUCAGAGCUGGAGCCUUAAAAGGAUUGCUGAGUUUGGUUAUUUAAGAGCACAUGCUACUAGGAAUGAUUUAAACUUAGAGUUCGUGAAAUCAGAUACAAGACAAGUUCAGGACAGUUUCCGCAUAACAAAGUGAAAGCUCACUAAAAAGAAAUAUAGAAGCUCUGAUAAAGAUAAGCCAAAACACAAAUACACACAGGAAACAUACAACGUUGAAGAUGAACAAAAUUUUAGUUGAUUCUUUUACUAUAUAUACAUGGUUCGUUAAUUUUCUCACAUAGAAUUAUGUUUAGACAACGAAUUAUUGUUAUUGCAACUCUUAUUUUUCGUUUAAAAUCAGGAUUGAAAUAAUGAUAACGUUUCACAGUAUACAUCACCAAUCCAUGUU